AUGGUGGUUCGAAAAGUUGGCAAGUAUGAAAUCGGCAGAACAAUCGGCGAAGGAACCUUCGCCAAAGUCAAGUUUGCUCAGAACACUGAGACCGGCGAAAGCGUCGCCAUGAAAAUCAUGGAUCGUAGCACCAUAGUCAAGCGCAAGAUGGCCGACCAGAUUAAAAGGGAAAUUUCGAUAAUGAAGCUUGUUCGCCAUCCUUACGUUGUUCGUCUCUAUGAGGUUUUAGCAAGCCGCACUAAGAUCUAUAUUAUCCUCGAGUACAUCACAGGUGGUGAAUUGUUUGAUAAAAUUGUUCGUCACGGCCGCCUUAGCGAAACAGAAGCUAGGAAAUACUUUCAACAGCUUAUUGAUGGAGUUGAUUACUGUCAUAGUAAAGGAGUCUACCAUAGAGAUCUAAAGCCAGAAAAUCUUCUGCUGGAUUCCCAAGGAAAUCUCAAGAUUUCUGAUUUUGGGCUCAGUGCUUUACCCGAACAAGGAGUUACCCUCCUUAAUACAACAUGUGGAACUCCCAAUUACGUUGCUCCUGAGGUUCUCAGUCACAAGGGCUAUAAUGGUGCUGUGGCUGAUGUAUGGUCCUGUGGGAUCAUCCUUUAUGUUCUUAUGGCAGGAUAUCUUCCAUUUGAUGAACUUGAUCUCCCGACUCUAUACAGCAAGAUCGAUACAGCAGACUUCUCUUGUCCCUCAUACUUUCCCUUGGGUGCAAAAUCCUUGAUUCAUAGAAUUUUGGAUCCAAAUCCUGAAACCAGAAUUACAAUUUCAGAAAUCAGAAACAAUGACUGGUUCAAAAAGGAUUACGACCCUGUACAACUUGUUGACUAUGAACAUGUAAACCUGGAUGAUGUGUAUGCUGCUUUUGAUGAUCCAGAGGAACAUAAAGAUGAUGAACAGGAAGGUACACGGGAUACACGGGACAUGGGUCCACUGGCUCUCAAUGCCUUUGACUUGAUUAUUCUGUCUCAAGGCCUGAACCUUGCAACGCUGUUUGACCGUGGCAAGGAGUCGAUGAAGCAUCAGACACGGUUCAUCACACAUAAGCCAGCAAACGUUGUACUCUCAAGCAUGGAAGUUGUGGCACAAUCCAUGGGGUUUAAGACACACAUUCGCAAUUACAAGAUGAGAGUAGAAGGAUUAUAUGGAAACAAGACAUCUCGUUUCUCUGUCAUUCUAGAAGUGUUUAAAGUUGCACCAACCUUUUUGAUGGUAGACAUUCAGAAUGCAUCAGGAGAUGCUGAUGAAUACCUCACGUUCUACAAGACGUUCUAUGGGAAACUAGAUGACAUAAUCUGGAAGCCACAACAAGAAGAGUCUGUGAGAAACCGAGUCACCAAGGCCAAGAGUAGAAGACGUUGA